UCUGCUGCCUUGUCAAGUGUGUUCAGAGCGAUAGCCUUUAAGGAGUCCUCAGACAAAACACAACCAGCCUUGAGGUGUUAAACUUUCUUUUGGCAUCCAGAACGACAGGAAAAAGCACUUGCUCCAAGAUCUUUUUUUUUAUAUCAUCAGCUAUUUCUCCUUCAACAUCUGAGGUGUUUUGGGGUUUUUAAGGACCACAAUUUGAGCAGAAUUUUUUAACAGGAGUAAAAAAUUGGAACUUGUGGGGACAUCAUAACUUUUUGGGACAUCAUGGCACUUCGGCAGAUGUCUGAGAAGGAGCCAAGCAUCGAGUUGUUCAUUAAGGCUGGACAUGAUGGUGAAAAUGUAGGAAACUGUCCUUUCUGUCACAGGCUUUUCAUGGUUUUGUGGCUGAAAGGAGUCAAGUUUACUGUGACCACUGUCGACAUGAGGAAGAAGCCAGCUGAGCUCAAAGACUUGGCCCCCGGAACAAACCCUCCUUUCCUCCUCUACAAUGACCUUAAAACAGACUUCAUCAAAAUCGAGGAGUUUCUUGAACAAACACUUGCUCCUCCCAGGUAUCCUCACCUCAGCCCACUGAACAAAGAGUCCUUUGACGUGGGUGCUGACAUUUUUGCAAAGUUCUCUGCUUUCAUCAAGAACAGUCCCAAUAACACCUUCCAUGAGAAAAAUCUGCUGAGGGAGUUUAAGCGCCUGGAUAACUACCUAAACUCACCACUCCCCGAAGAAAUUGACCACAACUCCAGAGAAACCAUCUCCAUCUCUAAAAGGAAGUUCCUCGAUGGCGAUCGCCUCACCUUGGCUGACUGCAACCUGCUGCCCAAACUGCACGUUAUCAGGGUUGCUGCCAAGAAGUUCUGUGACUUUGAGAUCCCCGCACAGUUCACAGGCGUGUGGCGAUACCUUCAGAACGCUUCUGCCAGGGAGGAGUUCAAAGAGACGUGCCCGGCCGACAUUGAGAUUGAGAAGGCUUACUUCAGCGUUGCUAAUCAGAGGAAAUAAGCCUUUUGAUUUUUUCUUUUCUUCCAAUGUAACCAUUCAUGUAAAGAUACUGACCUGUAGAGGGUGCUACAACCUGAGGCAAAAACCAGACACUGCUUAUCUAAAAAAAACAAAAACCUUAACAUACUGAUGCAGUCAGACUUUAGUAAUCAUACUGAAGGAGUAGUUGUGAUGAUUUUAUUUGUUUUAUUCAUGCUCACUUUCUGAUUAAUGGUGUCCUCAUGCCACACUGAAAAGGCCAAAUGUGCAAUUGACUGUUUUUGUUUAUGGUGUAAAUAUAUAUUUUUUAAACUUUAAUGAUCAAAACACUCUCAUUGCAAUAUUCAUGAUUACAGCUGGGAACUAAAAACGAACACGGUCUAUAUUUAUAAAAAAUAUGAAGCACAUCUUUAUAUUCCACCAUUUAUAUUUUCACAGCUUGAUGUGAGAUUGUCUCUCUGUCACACUAAUAAAAUCUAUCAAAAAGAUAGAUUUUGAUAGAUUAUUCUAAAUGUGGUUUUUUUGUCUCUGUUUUUUUUCAUUAGAGGAGAAAAUGAUGGAAUAAUUCAGAAUUUGGUUUUCUUUCUCCAGGCUUAUGCCAGUAAAUCUAAUAAUCAUCUCUAAACUGAACCAGUGCAAUCAGAAACAAGUCACAGAAAAGGCAUUUCUGAUAUUCAACUUUAUUUUCAGGGACAAAAAGACAAUUUUGCAGCUUCAAAAAUAUAUUUUCUGUUGAUCCAGUACAGAUGGUGUAUUUAUUGUUUGGUGGUAAACAAAAGUGCCAAUGGAGAACAAUGGUGGUCCCAAUUAGUCUGCACAGAAAUCACACCAUACCUCCUGCUGCUGGACUUCAGUUGGUGACGCAGUAUUUCCAGAAACAUGCUGUCAGAAUCAGAGAGGAAAAUCAUAUCAAACAUCUGGCUUUGAGUUCUUUAACUUAUUACACUAAACAUUUGUUUUAAUAAUUACCUUAUAUUGUCAUUAGGCAUUCCCAUGUCAUAACUUUGAAACUGUUAUUUUUUCUUUAAAAUUCUGUUAAAAAUGAUCUAUUGUAUGUGUAUUCUUCCAGGAGAAUUAAUCACUCAUCUGUCACUACCACCAAUGUUCUCCCUUUUCAUCCCAAUAAAGUGUUGUGUUUUUUUAUUUCUUA